CUCUCUCUCCUGGAGGAACAAUUCAAAAGCUUCGGUGGCCAAAUUUGUCUCACAAAAUACACAAAACCCGAUCAGGCCAUAUCUGCAAGAGUCCCCUUGUGGCUGAGAAAUGAGAACUUUGGAUAGGCCUUUCAUGGAUGGCUUUGAUCUCAUAUCUCUCUCUCAUACACCAAUUCAUUUUCCCACAUAAUUGAGUUACCAGUUUACAAAAGCACCAAUCUUUGUAGUUGAUAAUGAAAUCUAAACUCUGAAGCUAUAGACAAAACAGGUGUCGAACUGAGCAACCAACCAUGACUAAGCCCACCUAGGAGAGCAAGGACAAAAGCCACGAUAAUUCAAAAACCACAAAGGGAAAAAUCACUACCACCAAAACCUCACCCACGCAACUGAACCCAGAAGCCAAAGAGCGAGAGAAAACUCAGCAUGGCAAUGGCAUUGGCGCUUCGCAGGCUUUCCUCUUCUGGGGACAAGCCCAUUCGCCCUCUCUUCAAUGCUACCUCUCAUUAUUACAUGUCAUCUUUGCCCAAUGAAGCUGUCUACGACAAGGAGAAGCCCGGUGUCACAUGGCCUAAGCAACUGAAUGCUCCACUGGAGGCUGUGGAUCCCGAAAUUGCAGACAUCAUUGAACACGAGAAAACCAGGCAAUGGAAGGGGCUAGAGCUGAUACCCUCAGAGAACUUCACAUCGCUGUCUGUGAUGCAAGCAGUUGGGUCAGUGAUGACCAACAAAUACAGUGAAGGAUACCCCGGUGCUAGAUACUAUGGAGGAAAUGAGUUCAUUGACAUGGCAGAAUCUUUAUGCCAAAAGCGUGCUUUGGAAGCAUUUCGGUUAGAUCCAGCAAAAUGGGGAGUCAACGUGCAGCCUUUAUCAGGGUCUCCAGCUAAUUUCCAGGUUUACACUGCAUUGUUAAAACCUCAUGAUAGAAUCAUGGCACUUGAUCUUCCUCAUGGUGGACAUCUUUCUCAUGGCUAUCAGACUGACACUAAAAAGAUAUCUGCUGUGUCGAUCUUUUUCGAAACAAUGCCGUACAGAUUGAAUGAGAGCACUGGCUAUAUUGACUACGACCAGUUGGAGAAAAGUGCCACGCUAUUUCGGCCAAAAUUAAUAGUUGCUGGUGCUAGUGCCUAUGCACGUCUGUAUGACUAUGCACAUAUUCGCAAGGUAUGCAACAAUCAGAAAGCAAUAUUGUUGGCAGAUAUGGCACACAUCAGUGGGUUGGUUGCAGCUGGUGUCAUCCCAUCACCUUUCGAGUAUGCAGAUGUGGUGACCACCACAACGCACAAGUCGCUUCGUGGCCCUCGUGGAGCCAUGAUUUUCUUCAGGAAGGGGGUAAAAGAGAUUAACAAACAGGGGAAAGAGGUGCUGUAUGACUACGAAGACAAAAUCAAUCAAGCUGUCUUUCCUGGGCUUCAAGGUGGCCCGCACAACCACACAAUUACUGGUUUGGCAGUUGCAUUGAAACAGGCUACUACACCAGAGUACAAAGCUUAUCAAGAGCAAGUUCUCAGCAAUUGCUCAAGAUUUGCACAGUCUUUGGUUGAGAAGGGCUACGAACUUGUCUCUGGCGGAACUGAGAACCAUUUAGUUUUGGUGAAUUUGAAGAACAAGGGUAUUGACGGCUCCAGGGUCGAAAAGGUGUUAGAAGCUGUUCACAUUGCAGCCAACAAGAACACUGUUCCUGGAGAUGUGUCUGCCAUGGUUCCUGGCGGCAUCAGGAUGGGAACCCCAGCUCUAACCUCUAGGGGAUUUGUUGAGGAGGAUUUCGCUAAAGUUGCAGAUUUUUUUGAUGCUGCUGUGAAGUUGGCAGUGAAGAUCAAGGGGGAAGCCCAAGGAACAAAGUUGAAGGACUUUGUGGCCGCACUGCCCGCCCCUCACUUCCAAUCUGAAAUUGCAAAGCUCCGACAUGAUGUCGAGGAGUAUGCUAAGCAAUUUCCCACAAUUGGGUUUGAGAAGGAAACCUUGAAGUACAAGAACUGAAGAACAAUGUUAGGCACGGUAAGCAGUCAUCAACGGACUUUUCUUGGUUGAGAAAGCAGAAGGAUCGUACGUCAAGAUGAAGAGUUAUACUGUAUUUAAAUUCAGCAAACCUUGAUUCGGAUCCUGGUGAAUGUAUAUAGAUGUAUUAGUUGAAACUUUGUAAUGCAAUAAACCUGCCUUGAUUUAAUA